AUGACAGUAUCCGAUAUUUCUAGACGGUCCUCGUCGACCAGUCAAACCACAAAGGGGGAGUCCGUAAACCAUAUUACAUCCGCCAGACUUGAUGAUAAACAUUCACUUGAAGAAAUUGUACCGGUAAUUUCUGUCGAAGAAGAAACCGAUGAAAAAAAGAAGAAAGAAAAGAAGAAGAAGGAGCCAUCAGUAUCUAUUUUCUCUCUCUUCCGUUUCGCUACGCCCGUCGACAAACUCUUGAUUAUUACUGCCAUUGUCUGUUCCGCUGGUAUUGGUGCUAUCCAGCCUAUAUCCGUCAUCAUCUUUGGUAGCUUUGUUAGCGAGCUUCAGGAUGCCAUCUUCCACCCUGAAACCCUCAUGGACAAAACCCACGGACUUAUUAUGGCUUUCGUUUAUAUGGGAACUGGUGUUCUUGUCGCUGCUUAUGCCGCCAAUACUAGUUGGGUUCUGACAGGUGAAAAUCAGACUCGCAGAAUUCGUCAGGCCUAUGUACAUUCUAUUCUUCGUCAAGACAUGGGUUGGUUCGAUAAGGCCGGCGAUGGUUCUCUCAAUACUCGUUUGGCAACCGACACUCAAUUGAUUCAAGACGGUAUCUCUGAAAAAUUCGGUCUGUUUGUCAUGGCUAUUUCACAGUUUGUUACCGGUUUCGUCGUCGCUUUCGUCAAAGGCUGGAACUUGGCCGUUGUUAUGCUUGCCACUAUGCCUUUGAUGGCUGGUGUAGGUGGUGCCAUGGGAUACCUUAUUACAUUGUACACACUCAAGACCCAGAACUCUUACGCCGAGGCUGGAUCAGUUGCAGAACAGGUCUUCUCUGGCAUUCGCACAGUAUACUCAUUUUCUCUCCAGGCUCGAUUCACUGACUUGUACAACAUCAAACUUGAGAAAGCCAUGGAAACUGGUGUCAAACGCGGUAUUAUUCUUGGUCUCGGUUUUGGAAGCUUCAUGUUCAUUCUCUUUGGUACCUACGGUCUUUCCUUCUGGUACGGUGCCCAGCUUGUCAUCAAAGGUACCUUUGAUGGCCCCACCGUUCUUAUUGUCUUCUUUGCUAUGAUUAUGGGCGCCAUGGCCCUUCUGCAAUUGCCUCCCAACUUGUCUGCUGUGUCUAGUGCAUGUGGUGCUGCCUACAAGAUUUACUCAACCAUUGACCGUAUUCCCGAUAUCGACCCUGAUUCAAUUGAAGGUCUCAAUCCUUCUCAAGUCGUUGGCGAUAUCGAGUUCAGACAUGUCAAAUUCACUUACCCCACACGCCCCGACGUUCCCAUUCUCAAGAAUCUUCAUCUCAAAAUUCGUGCUGGUCAAACCGUUGCUUUUGUUGGUCCUUCCGGCUCUGGAAAAUCUACCAGUGUUCAGCUUCUCCAACGUUUCUAUGAUCCCAUUGAUGGCCAGGUUAUUCUUGACGGCCAAGAUCUCAAGUCUUACAAUGUUGCAUGGUUGCGUACACAGAUCGGUGUCGUCAGUCAAGAGCCUGUUUUAUUCAAUAUGACUAUUCGCCAGAACUUGCUUAUGGGUACAACUAAUGACGUCUCCAAGGAAGAGAUGAUUGAAGCCUGCCAAAAAGCCAAUUGCCACUCUUUUAUCUCUGAAUUACCCCAAGGCUACAACACACUUGUUGGUGAGCAUGGUGGUAUGUUGUCUGGUGGACAGAAGCAGCGUAUUGCUAUUGCCCGUGCUAUCCUCAAGAAUCCUUCUAUCCUGCUGCUAGAUGAAGCCACUUCCGCACUCGAUACCCAAUCCGAACGUCUGGUCCAGAAGGCUUUGGACGCCGCGGCUGCUGAUCGUACUACAAUUGUCAUUGCACAUCGUCUCUCUACAAUUCGUAACGCUGAUUUGAUUGUCGUCAUGCAACAAGGUGAUCUCAUCGAACAAGGCACUCACAAUGAACUUCUUGCGCUUGGUGGUGUUUACUCUGAACUCGUUGCCAAGCAGCAGAUUGCUACCACUCAAGUCGGGCACAUUGAAGAAGAUAUUGAUGAAGAAGACCUUUUGAAGCAAGAAACUUUGGAACUCAAGCGCGAGCAAGAGGCUCAACGAGCCAACGCUGAAUUCCGCGUUGUUUCUGAGAAGGCCGACAACCUUGAGCUUACCAGGACCAAUACAAACGUUUCUAUCGACGCCUUCCAAAUCAAGCUCAACAAGGAAAAAGAACUCAAGAAGGCUGCCAAGAAGCAGAGUGCUCCCAUCAAAAAGGUUCUCCAGAUGAUGCGUCCCGAAUGGCCUCUUUUAGCUAUGGGUGUUUUUGGUGCUGCUAUUGCUGGUGCUGUCUUCCCUUGCUUUGCUCUCAUUUUUGCCGAAGUCAUUACUAUAAUCUCAUUUGGUACCAACAUUGCUCCUGGUCCUUUUAAAGGCGCCAACUUGUACGCCUUCUUGUUUGUUGUCAUUGGUAUUGCUGCCUUCUUUGCAUUUGCUGCUCAGGUCAUCUGUUUCGAGGUUGCUGGCGAACGUUUCACCAAGAGACUCCGAGGUGAUGUUUUCCGUGCUUUCAUGCGCCAAGAGAUUGGAUACUUUGAUGAACCCGAACACAAUCUUGGUGCAUUGACUUCCAAGCUGGCCAUUGACUCCAAGAACGUGAACGAAUUGGUCACAAAAACAUGGGGUGAUAUUACCCAGAUCAUCGUUACCGGCAUUACUGGUCUUUCCAUUGCGUUCUCCAAGAGUUGGCUUCUAACCUUGAUUGUUCUCCUUAUGACUCCUUUCAUUAUGGGUGCCACAGCCUACGAAUCUAAGAUUCACCGUGGAUUUGAAGACAAGACCAAGAAAGCUAACGAGCAAAGUGGUGAAGUUGCUGGUGAAGCCAUCAAAGAAAUCCGAACAGUUGCCGCCCUUAACAAGCAAAUCUACUUUGAAGACAAGUACUAUAAAGCUACCGACUAUCCUCAUCAACUCGCCCAGCGCAAGGCUCUGACUUCCUCCGUUGGAUACGCCCUCCAGCAGGGUAUUUCUCUCUACACCAGUGCUGUAACCUUCUACGCCGGUAUGCGCCUGAUGACCGAUGGUCGAAUUGAUUUUGGCCAGAUGUUCACUACAAUGAUGGCUAUUAUGAUUACUGCUCAAAGUAUUGGUCGUGGUAGUGUCUUUGCUUCCACUUUUGCCAAGGCCAAGUACUCUGCUAUUGCUGCCUUUGCUGUUCUCGAGCGCAUUCCCUCUAUUGAUCCCGAACUUGAAGGCAUUGAGCCCACAUCCUCUCAGAUUGCUGGUGACAUCAAGUUUGAAGACAUCACUUUCCGUUACCCUGCUCGCCCUGAUAUUUCUAUUUUCAACGGUGAAUUUAAUCUUACCGGAAAGGCCGGUCAGACUAUUGCUCUUGUUGGUCCUUCUGGUUGUGGCAAAUCGACUACCAUUGGUAUGCUCCAGCGUUGGUAUGAUCCUAUCUCUGGUGCUGUCCGUCUCGAUGAAAGCAAUGUCAAGAACUACUCGCUUGGUAAUCUUCGCAGCCACAUGGCUUUGGUCGGGCAGGAACCUGUCUUGUUUGAUAUGACUAUUGGCGAAAAUAUUCGUUUCGGUGUCGAUGAUUCCAAGACCAUUACUCAGGAAAUGGUUGAAGAUGCUUGCCGCGCUGCCAAUAUCCACAAGUUUAUUACCGGUCUUCCUCUUGGUUACGAUACUCGCGUCGGUGACAAGGGCUCCCAGCUGUCUGGUGGCCAGAAGCAACGUAUUGCUAUUGCUCGUGCAUUGAUCCGUAAGCCUCGCGUGCUGCUUCUAGAUGAGGCAACGUCUGCUUUAGAUUCAGAGUCAGAAAAGCUUGUACAGGCUGCUAUUGAUAAUAUCUUGGAAGAGGGUGGCCGUACUACCAUCACUAUUGCCCAUCGUCUAUCAACCAUUCAAGGGGCUGAUCUGAUCUGUGUCGUCAAAGAUGGUCGUAUUGCUGAACAAGGCACACAUUGGGAGUUACUCAAGUUGAAUGGUGCCUACAGUGCUCUUGUUCACCAGCAGUCUCUCAACGCCAACUAA